GAGGUACAAUUACAAUAUAGUGUUUUCAAUUCGCUGAUUGUUGAAUGUUGAUUAUAAUUUCACUGGUCAAUUUAUUUUUGUAAUUUUAUAUGCAGUUGAUUAGUAUGAAGAAUGAAUUGCGAUUUUAUUUUAAAAUCUACGCCAACUUCGUGUUUCGCUUUUAAUGACAAUUUUCGAGAGGUUAUCAAAAACUUAUUGAAAUUUAUAUUGAACAGUUUCCAACAUAUUCUUGUUUUGUAAUUACAAACCAUAAAUAAAAAUAGAACUUUCGCUUCAGGGAGAUUCGUUAGAGCAGGUAUAUAUUGUGAUUAUGCGAGGAAAGUGAUAAUUGUGUUUAAUUAAAACAUUUGUGUUUAUUUUUGAAAUAAAUAUUUUGUGGUUUUCAAUAACACUUCGCAGGCACAGAUAUUUCUACCUUUCCGCUGAUUAUGUGAAAAUGAAUUAUGCACAAAGCUGAUGUUAUUGGCAUAUCUUUAACUUAUUUGUCAUGAUCCGACGAAAUGGCAGGCCCUCUUCAUAACAGUGCUGUUUUGUUGACAAUGAAGUCGUGGGGUGAAGCGCUAGUGCGGAAUGCGUCUGCUCAUUUCAUGCGUGUGGGCAGGCUCCGACGGGCGAUGUUCCUUCUCGCUGUGGUUGCUUGUACCGGGGUUGCGCUACUGUAUUGGCGGCAACAGACUGCCGAUCAGGCGCACAGACCAAUACACAGUCUUUACUCAGGUAUUGAGCCGCAAUGGUCCUGGGUAUGUAGAAACGAGCGCUGCGAAAGACUCCUUGCAGCAGAAACAACGUUGCUUCAGUCUCUGGCUACGUGUAACAUGCUGUGCGCGUCAACGCAAUUGUGGCCGCAACCCACUGGUCCAGUCAGCUUAGCGACUGCCGCAGUACCCGUCAGAGCUGAUUCGAUCACCCUGCAAAUACGAUCCUCACCAUCGCGUGAAGUCUCCAAUUACCUUACCGGUGCCUUCUCACUGUUCAUCAAAGACUUGAAAGCGUUAGAGAGGAAUGGGAAUACGGAAAGUCGAAGAAACGACAUUGGUGCCACGAGAGACGUUGUUGUUCGUGUUGCUGUUAAUGGCUCCGUCGAUCCGCGACUACUUCUCAGUACCAACGAGAGUUAUAAGCUGACCAUGCGUCCCUCUGACAACGUCCUCUAUGUCGACAUCACCGCGUACUCGUUUUGUGGCGCUAGACAUGGCUACGAAACGCUCUCACAGUUGAUAUGGAUAGACCCGUACGCGGGCUCACUUUUGGCUCUUGAAGCUGCGAGUAUUGAGGAUUCCCCAAAAUUCAAAUUCCGUGGCCUCUUGCUGGAUACGGCUCGCAAUUUCUUCCCUGUCAACGAAAUUAUUCGGACAAUUGACGCUAUGGCUGCGAAUAAAUUGAACACGUUCCAUUGGCAUAUCAGUGAUUCACAAUCGUUUCCUUUCAAACUUAAUAGUGUUCCUGAGUUAACACAACAUGGCGCAUAUGGCCCUGGUGCUAUUUAUACAUCUGACGAUGUCCGAAAUGUAGUGAAAAGAGCUAAGCUACGUGGUAUUAGGGUGCUCAUAGAAGUGGAUACUCCAGCCCAUGUGGGACGUGCCUGGUCAUGGGGACCAGCGGCAGGGCUUGGACCUCUAGCGCAUUGCGUAGAAGUUGAACCUUGGAGUGCGUACUGCGGCGAACCACCAUGCGGCCAACUCAAUCCCAAAAACCCUCACGUCUAUAAAAUCCUAGAAAAAGUAUACUCUGAAAUCAUUCAGUUGACUGGUGUUGAUGACAUAUUCCACCUUGGUGGUGAUGAAGUCUCUGAACGGUGCUGGACGCAGCACUUCAACGAUACGGAUCCAAUGGAUUUGUGGCUUGAGUUUACAAACCGAGCUAUGACGUCGUUGCAACGAGCUAAUGGUGGUAAAUUACCAGAAGUUACUUUAUUGUGGUCUUCACGGCUGACUCGGUCCCCGUACUUGGAAAGAUUGGAUAAGAAACGGUUUGCUAUUCAAAUUUGGGGAGCCUCGCGGUGGCCUGAAUCCCGAGCGGUUUUAGAUUCUGGCUUUAGAUCUAUUCUCUCGCACGUCGAUGCAUGGUAUUUGGAUUGUGGGUUUGGUUCCUGGCGAGAUAGCUCAGAUGGACAUUGCGGGCCAUAUAGAUCGUGGCAGCAAAUUUACGAGCACAGACCUUGGAUAGAAGAAAUGAUCGGCAUGGCCACUGGGGCAGAACCCUGGCGAAUCGAUGGUGGAGAAGUAUGUCUGUGGACAGAGCAAUCCGGUCCGGGUGGAGUCGACGCUCGUCUGUGGCCAAGGUCAGCUGCAGUCGCAGAAAGACUGUGGUCUGAUAGACCAGAAGGUGCAACUGCUGAUGUUUAUCUUAGACUAGACACCCAACGCUCAAGGAUGUUAGCCAAAGGAGUGGAGGCUAUGCCUCUAUGGCCAAGAUGGUGCACGCACAAUCCUAACGCUUGCCUGUAACGCACUUGAAAUCUCUUUAUACAAGUUUGAACAGGAUAACUAAAUUUUGUCUUUGAACAAAUAAUAUGAUGCUAAAAUGGUUAUCAUAGAACGGUUAAAUUAUCUUUAACUUGGCGUUUCGAGGGAAAAACGAAGUCGAUAAUACGAUAAUAAAUAAUGUGUGCGAUGUCGAGAUAUGCGAGACCAAGUAUUUCAGGUAGAAAGGCUAAUUAACUUAAAUCAAUGUACAUAAUCUAUGUUUUGUACAGAAUUGUAAUUAAGCGUAAGAAAUUAUUAGACUAAGCACUAACUUAGAUAGUUCAAUACGUUCAAAUGUAUCCGUACUGCCAAGUAGGUCACAAAAUUUGCUUAAAUUAUCAAUAUUAGUUGUGAAUCUAUAAAUCAAUUUUUUAUUACGUUAUUUUUGUUCGUAUGUUUAAGGCUGAUUAGUGUCACGAUAAUCGUCGGCACUGAUAUUUCAGAAUGUAUGACUGUCCUAAAAGCUUUAUAAAGGUCUGAUCGGCACUGAUAAACUGCUUGAUACUAAAAUAAGUCAAGUAAGUAAGAUUAUUUAGGAAAUCAAUUUAUUAGUAAUGUUGUCAAAACGAAUGAUACUCAUUAUUUUAGAGUAGGGUUGUAAUUUUGAUGAAAAUUAUUUAUAAAAGUAGAGUUUAGGUGUUGUGUUAGGUUUUAAUAUUCUAUAAACUCGUAACUACAAAACUGCAUUCCUUUCCACCGUCCCAAUGUAUUCUUUUCAAAUUUAACAAUUAUUUCAUUGUUCCCUUUUUAAAACUAAUGAAAUAUAGCAGACCUAAUAAUAUACCUUGAGACAGAUCAAUAUAAACAAAUAAAUUAUAUUAAGUAAUAAUAAAUCAAUUUUGCUUUACGCAGUAGGUAACCCUGUUCUAGUUUUGUAGUAUCUUUAUUAUGAUUAUCAAUUUAUAACAAAAAAAAUUUGUAUACAAAAUUAUUUAUUUUUUAUCAUAUUGUUUUUAUAGCGUUCUUAUUUGAGAUUUUAUGAGAUUAUUUUUAGACACUAAACGAAUGAACCACAAACAAUUACGGAAAACAAGAAUAAAAAAUGCUUUAUGUAUGAACCGUAUUGUAUACAGAAAUUAUUUAAGCGUGUCUGGUAUAACGCAGCAACUGCACAGGUACUCUGUAAGUUUGCAGUUUUCUUUCAAUAUACUGCGCUGUUGUCGCAAAUGUAUGGUAUUGUACAAAACUCAAUGUCAGGAUUUGCUAUUUGUAAUAACAGAGUACCGGUGCUGAUUUGAAAAAACUUGAAAUUAAUCUACACCGUGUUUUGUUUAUAAUUUUAUAAAUAUGAAUUUCAAUUUCAUCAAAGUACAAAAUUACGUUAAUAUAAACGAAUCUGUUAUUUUCCCUUUCUAUAAAGUUGUAUACGCUGUGAUGAAAAGAAAUAGUUCUUUGAGUGAUUUUUUUUAAUGUCAUAGUUUUUAGCCUAUUCGUGUGUUAAUACGUUAACAAGCACAACUUUGUACGUUUUGUAAGUAAUGUUUUGGUGCUAAAAGCAAUUUUGUUGUGUACUUCUAUUGAAUAAAAACAGUUUAAUCGA